GUUGGUUUUGUAUAAAACUCUGGUUUCAAACAAUCAUGAAGUUGAAGAAAAAGGCAACAAACAACACUGAGGAAUUCCUUGAACACAAGAGAAAGAAGACAUGGGUGGAUAAGAAGACAAGCUGCAAAUGCUUUAUGAUAUAUCCAAGGUCACUCUAUAUCACUUGGGGUAGUCUUGAAUAUUGGACUUGGAAUUACUUCAAAGAUACAAGUGAUGAAAACAUAGAAGUGGCGAAACUAAGCCAUGUUUGUUGGCUUGAUGUAAGAGGGAAAUUCAAAGUAUCAGAUCUUUCACCAGGGGCGGUUUAUGAAAUUGUUUAUGUGGUGAAGUUAACAAAAGAGGCGUCUGGGUGGGAACUUCCUAUCCACCUUAAACCAUCACUCCCUGAUGGCACAGUGAAGCAACGUCAAAUUAGCCUUUUUGAGAAGCCAAGAGGAGAAUGGAUGGAGCUCAAUCUUGGUAAAUUCUUAACAGAAAACGGAGAACAGAAUGAAGUUUGCUUUGAUCUUUUUGAGCAUGGAGGGCAUUGGAAAAGAGGACUUGUGAUUAAAGGUGCCAUUCUUAGGCCAAAAACUUAAAACCUCUUUCAAAUUGGGUAAUUACUAGUUUGAUUGGUGUCAUAAUGCCCCAUUCCAAUUUACUUAUGACUUACUGGUUGAUUUCUUAUGUGUGCAUGGCCAGGAUUAUUUCAUUUUGGGAUGUAUCUUUUAAUUGUAUCCCUCCUAUUCCUGAUUCAAAUAUCUUC